GACGAUCAGCGAGAUCGUGGCAGGCAUGGCAAAGAUGAUGAUCAUCGUCGAGCCGAUGAUGACGACAAGGAAGCGAGGCCCAAGUUGGAGGAGGACGCCCUUGCCGGGGCCAACGCCGACCUCGAGGCAAAGUCACCCAAGGGCGGCAGCAAAGGAGGCAAAGCCGGGAAAGGCGGCAAAGACGGCAAGGGUGGCAAAGACGGCAAGGGCGGCAAAGACGGCAAGGGCGGGAAAGGCAAAGUCGUACACAAGGGCCUCCAGGAUAUCAAGCUCCCCGAUGCUUCGCCUCAAGGGAAGGAUGCCAAGCGGCAGCGGACAGAU